CAAAUGGGGGGCCUCGCCGCGCCUGCGUGCUGGCGGCCUUCGCAGCCGGCUUCGCCGCGCAAGGAGUGUGAGGCGCUGGUGCGCGCCUCGGGCCGAGGAGGACUUUGACACCGCGGUGCCGGCGGCGCUGCCGGCCGUAAGGACAGAAACCAUGACGACUUCAGGAAAAGAGAACUUUCGACUGAAGAGCUAUAAAAAUAAGUCUCUGAAUCCAGAUGAAAUGCGUCGCCGACGCGAGGAAGAGGGCCUUCAGCUACGGAAGCAGAAACGAGAGGAACAGUUGUUUAAACGUAGAAAUGUUGCUACAGCUGAUGAAGAAGGAGAGGAGGAAAUUAUGUCAGAUGGUGGGUUCCACGAAACUCAAAUGAAUAACAUGGAAAUGACUUCUAGUGCAGUGAUCACAUCCGAUAUGACUGAGAUGAUUUUCUCCAACAGUCCAGAACAGCAGCUUGCUGCUACUCAAAAAUUCCGAAAACUUCUCUCAAAAGAGCCAAAUCCUCCUAUAGAUGAAGUCAUCAGUACACCAGGAGUGGUGGCCAGAUUUGUGGAGUUCCUGAAACGGAAAGAAAACUGCACAUUGCAGUUUGAGGCUGCUUGGGUACUGACUAACAUCGCCUCUGGAAAUUCCCUUCAGACUCGGAUUGUGAUCCAAGCAGGUGCUGUUCCCAUUUUCAUAGAACUACUCAGCUCAGAAUUCGAAGAUGUACAAGAACAGGCUGUUUGGGCUCUUGGCAAUAUUGCGGGAGACAGUACUAUGUGUAGAGACUAUGUGCUUGACUGCAACAUCUUGCCCCCUCUAUUACAGGUGUCUCCCUGUUUGAGUGUGCUUUCCUGGCUGCUCUUUGUCAAUGACACAGAUGUACUAGCAGAUGCAUGUUGGGCACUGUCAUACCUGUCUGAUGGACCUAAUGAUAAAAUUCAAGCUGUGAUUGAUGCUGGAGUGUGUAGAAGACUUGUGGAGCUGCUGAUUUUAAAAUACUUCCUUGAUUUUACAUUGGCAAAAGUCUAUUUUUACACACAAGUCCUUGUGUUUCAAUGGGUGCUUGUCUUUCAUAUGUCUCUUCAAGCUAAGUGUGCAGGAAAUUUGAGAACUGCCUUCAGUGAAUAUUAUCCCAAAUGAAUCUCUCUCUGUCCCUCAAAACCACAGGUAAUACUGAAUUGUUCAGCCCUGCAGAGUUUACUACACUUGCUAAGCAGUCCUAAAGAAUCAAUUAAAAAAGAAGCAUGUUGGACAAUAUCAAAUAUCACAGCUGGAAACAGAGCGCAGAUUCAGACUGUCAUAGAUGCCAACAUUUUCCCAGCUCUCAUAAAUAUUUUGCAAACUGCUGAGUUUCGAACAAGAAAAGAAGCAGCUUGGGCUAUUACCAAUGCAACAUCUGGUGGCUCUGCUGAGCAGAUCAAAUAUUUGGUAGAACUUGGCUGUAUCAAACCACUCUGUGAUCUUCUCACGGUGAUGGACUCGAAGAUUGUGCAAGUAGCACUGAAUGGGCUUGAAAAUAUCCUGAGGCUUGGCGAGCAAGAAGCCAGGCGAAGUGGCACUGGCAUUAAUCCAUACUGUGCGCUCAUUGAGGAAGCCUAUGGCUUGGAUAAGAUUGAGUUCCUGCAGAGCCAUGAGAACCAAGAAAUCUACCAGAAGGCCUUUGAUCUGAUUGAGCACUACUUUGGGACAGAGGAAGAGGACAGCAGCAUUGCCCCACAAGUGGAUCUUGGCCAACAGCAGUAUAUCUUCCAGCAGUGUGAGGCUCCCAUGGAAGGCUUCCAGCUCUGAGGUGCCCUUUGGUGUGCUGUGUUGCUCUGCCCAGCUAGUAGAGCUGAAUAGUCCUGUUUUCCAUAAAUCUGUGUGAGCUCAUUUGCUUGCUUUUUGCACACAACUUCCUUUAAACAAAACUGGAAAACAUUUGGCUCUUAGUUGUAGGAUGCCACUUUGGUAAGGGCUUCUCAUAACUGCUGUGCCCGUAUCUUCAGAGCUGGGGCAAUUCUGUAAAGAUGUCAAGUUUUCCCUAUGAAAUAUACACUAACAUGGUGUAAUCGUAGAUUCUAAAACAAGGGUGGAGUUGCUGCGUGUGUGUAUUUGUUGGGGUGGGUGGGCAGUGUUCUUGCUGUCUGCAGAGGCUUGGACAGAACUCUUUCAUCUUGUAUUCUCCUUUGGAUGCUGCCUCAUUCAAUGGAUUUAAGAGAAAUAUUUAAUGCUCACACAGAAUUUGAGUAGUGAUGGUUUUAUGUGGCUCCUAUUGAUGUACAUAUACACAUACAAUAUGUGCAGAUACAGGGAUUAGCUCUCUGCUUCCUGCACUCAUAGCCACCAGUGAAUAAGCUUCUUUGGAUUCUAGGAACACUGAACAAUUGAGACAAACUGACUUCUGUGCUGCCACUUUGACUGCAUGGGAUUCGGAGUUAUUCUCUUCUGUCUGUCCAAGGAAUGGGGAAUUGCACCAUGGCUCUCUCUACCUUCCCAGUGGCACAGCCAGGGCUCUUGUGAAGAAAACCUAGAUUGUGCCAGGGAUAGAAGAAAUGUGGCUGCUCAUCUAAUAAUGGCAUACAUUGGCUCUUUGUGCUCAAACUGAAUCUUUUUUUCAUAUAUUGAAAUAGGUUUUCAUCAGCAGCUGAGAAACUCCUGCUUAAGGUUUUUGUACACAGCUUGGUCAGUCAAGGCUCGUUGUAUCCCUUUUUGUUGUAAAUCCUUAAUAUGCUCGACAGUUGAUGUGAGGGUGAUAUUGGCUCCCUGGGUUGCGUCUCCUUUUAUGAACUCUAGUUUCUGAACCAAGCCGAAAAGGACAUUUUGGCUUUAGCAGCUUCACUACAAGCCACCCAAAUCUCUCCAUCUAAUGGAAUCAAAUCUUCCUACAUAAGGAUUCCUGCAUUUGACAUUACAAGCACUUCAGUGGUCAAAGUUUCUGCCUAACAUUCUCAACAUGCAUCUCACAUUUAAAGCUUGUCAUAGCUGGUCUCUGGUGAAACAUCAGCACUUCAUCUUCCUACAACAACCCAGUGUGGCAACAGCCCGGUGACAUGUAUCUGCAGAAAGCUCAUUUGCUUAGCAGCAAGAUUGGAUCCAAAUAUGUUUGGAUUGAAGGCACUGGAUGUGAAUGAGAAUUAUUUUACUCUUCCCACACUAAAAUCAGUUUACCUUGACACUAUAGUAUUAAUCUAACAUAUCAGCAGUAUUUUUUUCUGUGUAAACACCUGAUACUGCGGGGGGCUUGCACUCUGUUCCGGGUUAGGUAAAAUUUUCUUUAGUACUAGAUUUUUACCCUUCAGAACAGAAGACAGUUAAUAUUGUGCAGCUGUAAUCAAUUAUGUUGUCAGAAUUGCUUGACAGACCCUCCAUGCUACAAUUAGCAAAUCAUCACCCAGAGAAAAUCUACCCUUUCAGACUAUUGGGAGGUCUAGUCCCAAUUUUCUGUGUGAGUGGUCCUUCCGUUGAACACUUUGCAUUCACACCUAUGCUAUUGGAUGUGUGCCUGUUUCCCCCCCCCCAUUUUUCAACAGCCUCCACCCUACUUUGUUUGUGCUGCUUUAUGCUGAAGAAGCAUCUUAGGUUCCCAUAGUCAACUUCUGUUGGACUUCAGUUGUUCAUAAUUUUAGGGUUUGGAAAUUAAAACUGAAAGAAGGGAAAUGUUACUUGUAAAAAAAAAUAAGUUUCCCAUUUUGGUGGUUCUGCACAGGGGAGAAGUACAAGAGGGCAUCACGUGGACUCAAAGGCAUCACUGUUUGGGCUUAGUGAAGCCCUGUAGCCAAACAGGACUGCAUGAUGACGUGAGACCAUAAUGCUUCCUAAUGAUCUGAGAUUGACUUGGGGAGAAAAGUCCCUGUUUCAAGGAAAAUUUUUAAAAAGGCACCAAAGCUGCAAAUUGGGAGAAAGCAGCAGCUGUUCUGAUAAAAUGAACUGUGUGUAAGAAAGAUAUGCUGGAGGAUAGGAUUCAUUAACAUUAUUGUGGGCAAAAAUGCAGUGCAAAACAAUUUAUAAAUUAGAUGGAUAAUCUUUCAAAGCAACCUCAACAUUGCCUUUAUAUUCCAUGGUUAAUAAUCAUGUUUCCUGAAGGGUGGUAGAAGGAUUAAUAAAUAGCAAUCUUGUUUCAGCUUCCAGAUUGUUUUUUUGUGGCUGGGUUUUUUUAAAGUGUAAAUUACUGAAGCAAUGCCAUUUCUAUAAGAUUUGUUUUAAAUCAUGUACUUUAUUGACUAGCUUUUGCGGGGGGUGGGCGACUACAUAUUUUGUAAGCCAACUUCAGUGAAGUGUGCAUGUGAUACUGAAAUGUCUCGCAUACACAAAUACUGAUAGUGUGUAUAUGUGUGUGCGUACCUAAAGUAUAUAUGCACAUGCACACUUCUCCAGUGUGUGUGCUAAUGUGUAUGUAUAUAUGUAUAUUUACACACAUCCUAUAUCUUUCUCACACUGAAAGUUUUUCUCCCAGGCUAGUGAGAACGUGAUGCAUUGGUGUUCCUGCUAGGAAAUAAUGACAAUUCUCUCUUUAAAGGGGCGAAUUAAAUCAUGAAUACAUUCAAAUAA